AUGGAAGCGGUUGGAGUCGGCAUCGGCACCAUCGGCCUAGUCGGGUUGUUCAAAGAUGUCAUAGAUCUUUUCGCUCUUUUCACUGCUUCACGCUCUUUGGGUCGCGACUUUGUCAUCCUCCUCACCAAGCUUGACAUAGAGAAAUACCUCCUGCUGCAAUGGGCUGAGCAGGUCAAACUCCUGCACAACGCCGAUGACGAGUUUCACGAUGUGCGCCUCAACCACGAGGAAGUCCAGUCGUCAGUCGCCCAGGUACUCUCGUGUAUCCGCCUGCUCCUCAGCGAGCGCUACGGCAUGAAGGAUGUCUCCAGCACGGCUCCCGGAGCUCUCGUCGACGUGCGAGAAGACGCCGUGGGACUGAGUCGUCCCUGCAUGAAGCGGUUCGAGCAACGGUUCGAAGAGCUGAACAUCAGCAUCAAACAGCAGCAGAAGUCGGCAAAAACACUGACCAAGGUUCGCUGGGUUAUUCAAGACAAGGGAAAGUUUGCAGAUCUCAUCGCAGACUUGGCACACUUUACAACCAAGCUGAGAGAGAUCCUCCCGCCAACUGCGACCUCGCUCUCGCGUACCGCCGAACUUGUUAACUCAGGGGAUCUGGAGGCAGUCACCGACUUUGACAAGCUCAAGAUUGUUUUGGAGGCAUCUGCCGGCCAUCGUGGCGCUAUCGCCGGGCCCACGCAGGAACUGAUCGAUCGAAAGUGCCAGGAACGCAUUCUUGGAACGCUCUGGUAUAGGGCGAUGGACCAGCGAAGAGACAGUAUCAGCGCCGCGCAUGACAAGACGUUUCAGUGGGCCCUUGAGCCGCCAAGCGACAGCAUCGAUCAUGACGGGGGCAAUCUCUUUGGGUGGCUGCGCUCCGGUUCCGGCAUCUACUGGGUCUCUGGCAAAGCCGGCAGUGGAAAGUCGACUUUCAUGAAGUUUCUCUACUCGUCCCCCAAGGUUAGGGAACUGUUGUCGGAAUGGUCCAGCCCGGAAGAAUGUACCUUGUCCGACUUCUUCUUCUACUAUUUGGGCAUUCCAGAGCAGAAAACACAAGCAGGCCUCUGCAGGGCGUUGCUCUUCAAGAUUCUCUCGUGCUGCCCGAUCCUUAUUGGCAAAGCGCUUCCUAAUCUCUGGCGAGAGAUCAAAGCGAACAAGAACGACGUUGCCGCGCCAUCACCACCCGAAAUCGAUGCAUCGGGGAUAACCGUCGUGUCAUCGCUUUUUCUUAGCCAGCUUGCCAUGAACCCAAAACUCAAGAUUUUGGUCUCGAGCCGGCCGGAACCACACUGCGUCGCCGCGUUCGGCGGAUUCCCGUCCCUGGAGCUCCAAACCCAGACCAAAGGCGAUAUUUCACUCUACGUCCAGAAGGUGAUCGGUGAACACAGAUACAUGAAGAGACUGCUCAUAAGCGACCCGGUACGCUCGGCCGAGAUCAUGGGCGAGAUUGUCGCAAAGGCAAUGGGCAUCUUUUUGUGGGUUAUACUAGUCUGUGGGUCUCUCCUGAAAGGAUUCGACGACUACGACCGCAUUGAAGAGCUGCAGGCCCGGGUGCAGGAGUUGACUCAAGUCCUACAGCUCUAUGAUGAUCGGCGAAAGGUGGGAGGCGUGGGAGACGGCAACUUGAAUGCCAAACAGUGA